ACGAGGCGGUGUCGGUGGCGGUUGUGGGGCGGGGGCUCUGGGCACCAUGGGGAACUGCCACACGGUGGGGCCCAACGAGGCGCUGGUGGUGUCAGGUGGCUGCUGUGGUUCAGAUGUAAAGCAGUACGUGUAUGGAGGCUGGGCCUGGGCUUGGUGGUGCAUUACUGACACACAAAGGAUUUCCCUAGAGAUAAUGACGUUACAGCCCAGGUGUGAGGACGUAGAGACGGCGGAGGGGGUAGCUUUAACUGUCACAGGUGUGGCACAGGUGAAGAUAAUGACUGAGAAGGAGCUCCUGGCUGUGGCCUGUGAACAGUUCUUGGGGAAGAACGUGCAGGAUGUGAAGAACGUGGUCCUUCAGACUCUGGAGGGGCACCUGCGCUCCAUCCUAGGUACCCUGACAGUGGAGCAGAUCUACCAGGACAGGGACCAGUUUGCCAAGCUGGUGCGGGAGGUGGCAGCCCCCGAUGUGGGUCGCAUGGGUAUCGAGAUCCUGAGCUUCACCAUCAAGGAUGUCUAUGACAAAGUGGAUUACCUGAGCUCCCUGGGGAAGACUCAGACUGCAGCUGUCCGAAGGGAUGCAGACAUCGGUGUGGCAGAAGCCGAGCGAGAUGCUGGCAUUCGGGAGGCGGAGUGCAAGAGAGAAAUGUUGAAUGUCAAGUUCAUGGCAGAUACCAAAAUAGCAGAGUCCAGACGGGCUUUUGAACUGCAGAAAGCUGCCUUCACUGAAGAGGUCAACAUUAAGACUGCUGAGGCCCAGCUGGCCUACGAGCUGCAGAGCGCCCGUGAGCAGCAGAAGAUCCGCCAGGAGGAAAUUGAAAUCGAGGUGGUGCAGCGCAGGAAACAGAUUGAUGUGGAGGAGAAAGAGGUCCUGCGGAUGGAGAAGGAGCUGAUAGCCACCGUGAAGCGGCCGGCCGAGGCCGAAGCCUACCGCAUGCAGCAGAUCGCCGAGGGCGAGAAGGUGAAGCAAGUCCUCCUUGCUCAAGCAGAGGCAGAAAAGAUCCGCAAGAUCGGAGAAGCAGAGGCGUUUGUGAUUGAGGCCAUUGGCAUGGCGGAGGCUGAGGGGAUGAAGCUGAAAGCUGAAGCUCUCCAGCAGUAUGGAGAAGCUGCCAAGCUGGCUCUAGUGUUGGAUGCGCUGCCUGAGAUUGCUGCCAAAGUGGCUGCUCCCCUCUCCAAAGUGGAUGAGAUCGUUAUUCUCAGUGGGGAGAGCAGCAGUACAACAGCUGAGGUGAACCGUCUGCUGGCAGAGAUCCCUGCCUCCGUGCGUGCCAUCACUGGUGUGGAUCUCACAAAGAUCCCCCUGCUCCAGAAAGCCACCGGGGCCCAAGCAUGAGGCUGGCCAACCCAAAGCUAGUGAAGAUCACUCCCUGUUAUGCACUCAGACAUCAACUGCCUUCAACACGUGGGAAUUCCUUUUAUAUCAGAGACAACUGAAGUUUCAUUUUUAAGCUCUGGUGCCUUAUUUUGUAGGGCCAGAAAGGUGCAUGUCCAGUCAGCUGCUCUUUUUUUUUUCCUUUCUUGCAAAGGGUGGGAGGGGAUUUAUUUUGUAAUUAAGUGUAUAUUGGGUCAGGGUUUGCAUCUGAUCCCCAGUUAAGACUGGCAGCUGCCUGGUGUUGCAAUCCUGGUGCCUUGCUGUUCUCUGUCCUCGGGUGGGUGCCCAGAGCAGGAGCUCAGCAGGAUGGGGAGCAUGG